GCAGCACCACCAACCCAGUUCCUCUUCAACAAUACCCAAAAUCAUGGACACAUGGCUCCUUCAUUCGGCCAGAAGACGCUCAGAUGCUUCUAUUGCAAUAAGAAGUCCGGCAUCAAGUACGAUGGCCUUAUCAGACAAUGGCAAUGCGGACAUUGCGAAGCGGACAAUUUCCUGGACGAGAACGGAGAUAUAACAGAUCCACCAGUUGCUACCAAUUAUGCAGCUCCGCCAGACCUCAAAUAUGCAGCUCCUCAACCCGAACCCCCUUACUCCCCACAAUCGCCACAAUCCUCCGCUUCUACCGUCUUCUGUUCAACAUGCAUCAAAAACCAACAUCUCUAUACCGCAUGCCUUGCUCAAUACCAUAUUGAGUUAGAUCCAACACAUCCAGAAUACAAACAACUCGAGAGAAAGUACUACAAGUACAAGAGAAAUCUCGAGAAGCAAUAUCCCCAGGUCUGCGAAGAUUGCGAACCAAAGGUGCUCGAACGUAUGAGAGAAGCUGGCAAAACUGCAAAGACAGAUUAUCUCAGAAGGUUGCUGGAGAAAUCUCGUGCAAGACGAGCUGCCAGUAGGACGCCUCAAAUAACAAUCUCUGGAGUAUUCGAAUUUACUGGAAAAUACCUGUGGUAUUUUGGGCUUGCUACACAAUUGCUCUGGCAUAUCACUGCGCUGAUUACCGCGGCACAAUACAGCUAUCCGGUCAUAAACGACAAAUAUAUUCCGUCUGCCAUAUUGGAGAUACUCUCCUGGCUUUCAGAGCGUUCCUCCUCCUUGUCAUCCUGGAGUCUGCGGUGCAGCCUAGCUUCAGCAUGGUGGAAUCCGAAGUUCAAAUAUUUGAAUAAUGGCUUCAUCAAUCAUAUCAACGGUUUUGGCGAAUGGUACAAACAUCAAAUGAUAUUACUUGUGGUUCGAUGCCUGAUCUACUACAUUAUUGGAACGGGCGUUCUAGCAGACCCCUUCGCCCCGGCGACUAUAGGAGCUCAUGCAUUCGGGUUCGUAUUUAUCACCUAUCUAUCAAUUGCAGCCAACUGUACUCUCAAGGUUGACAUGACCCCUCUCUGGAACUCUACCCCCGUGAGGCUUCCGAACGUUGGGCCGAGCACAAGCCCAAGUCCGAAGGGAACUGGAAAUAGUAUGGCAGAUGCUCUGGAUCAGAUACUUGCAACGCCAUCCCAAGGAAUACGACCAAUGACACCGCCAUCCUUUCCAUCGUAUGAACACCAGCAACAAGACGGCGCGAAUAGUAGACACGGUGGACGGGCACCUUCUACUCGAUCAUCAGAUAUUAGAAACAUGACACCUGUCCGGCAAAGAAUAUUUAACUCCUCGAUGGGGGUCAACAAUCUGUCAUCAGAGAAUAGUCCAACAAGAUCAAAUCAGAAUCAUGGCGAUGAGGACCAAGAUAUGAUGGACUGGUCUCCAGCUCAAAACCAAUCCGGGUAUCGUGCUUUCAACUCUACUCAAUCCAUUCAGCACGACGCAGAACUUUUCAACCAGUCUCCCAUCGCAUCCCAGCCGGCUCCUUUUUGGUACAAGGUUCCUCCUGCUCCCACAACCCCGGCUCAACGCCUUCGGAAUCCUCCAAAUCAACCAAGAUUUCGUGUUUCAUCUCAAGAAGUAAAGGAGAACUUUUUCAACAACGUCACCCGCCGGGCCCAGGCAUCGGGGUCCCCGGUUGAGCCUCAACCCAUCUUGGGAGGCGGAAGAUCGACGCAUGAGAUUGAAUUUGCGCAACAGAAGUUCUUCCCUCCGUCACCUCCAAGUGAAGCUGGCGAAAACUUGGCGGAGCUUUUGACUUCGUUUUCCUUGAGUUCAGAAACAGAGACCUCAAAGAAUACAGCAAAAGGUCACAGAGUCCGGCAUUCCUGUCAAGCUCUGAUUCUUUUGCUUGGGCUUGUAUUCUGGAAUCAAGCCUUACAUCAUCCGACAGGGCAGACUAGAAAUGUCACUUUGGCAGUCAUGUGUGCAUGCGCGUGUCUUGGUGUUCGGACAAUAUUGGAUAACAUGAAAGCAAUUGCAGAAAAACAGCACAACUUGGUGCAAACUGUUGGUACAAUCCUGGGCGGUAUCGAGCUUGUUGCCGCUAUUUAUGGCAUUCAGGAGAUACUGGUAGGACAUGGCGACUGUGCAAACUACGCUUCACUUGGUACGAUUUUAAUCGGUGGAAUGAUGGUUUAUGAGAUAUGGCGUGCGUCAUUCGGAUGAUGCUCGGUUCACGAUGCGUGCAUACUCCGUGUCGUACUCCCCAUGUUGGAUGGGAUU